CGGCGGGGGGCAGCUGUGAGCCCCUCGGGACCCGCCGGCCCAUGAAGCAGCCCGCGUAGGGGCAGGGCUGGAGGGGAGCGGGCCGCCCCCGGGGACAGGGGGGACGCGGGGACCUCGCGUGCCGCCGCCCGGCCCAGCGCCAUGCCGCGGCGGCUGGCCUGGCUGUGCUGCUGCUGCGCGCUGCUGAGCGGCGCCUGCCGCCCCGCGGAGCCGGCGCUGCCCGCGGAGAGCGGCGGCCGCGGCGAGCCGCCGCCCGCCGCCGCCGCCUCGGGCUUCCUCUACCGGCGGCUGAAGUCGCACGAGAAGCGGGAGAUGCAGCGGGAGAUCCUCUCGGUGCUGGGGCUGCCGCACCGCCCGCGGCCGCUGCCGCGGGAGCCGCCGGCCCCGCCGCCGGGGCGGCUCACGGCGGCGCCGCGCUUCAUGCUGGACCUCUACCACGCCCUGGCCGAGGGCGCGGAGGGCGCCGCGGGCGCGGAGCGGCGCGGCCGCCCGCCGCUCGCCGCCCCGCCGCCGCCGCUGCCCAGCGCCCUCGACAGCGCCUUCCUCAACGACGCCGACAUGGUGAUGAGCUUCGUCAACCUGGUUGAAUAUGACAAGGAGUUCACACCUCACCAGCGGCACCACAAGGAGUUCAAAUUUAAUUUGUCUCAGAUUCCCGAGGGCGAGGCUGUCACGGCCGCUGAGUUUCGGAUCUACAAGGACUGUGUCCUGGGGGGCUUUAAAAACCAAACCUUCCUUAUCAGCAUCUAUCAAGUGCUACAGGAACAUCAAAACAGAGCUUCUGACCUGUUUCUGCUGGACACCCGGGUGGUGUGGGCCUCUGAGGAAGGUUGGCUGGAGUUUGACGUCACUGCCACCAGUAACAUGUGGGUGAUAAACCCUCAGCACAACAUGGGGCUCCAGCUGAGCGUGGUGACCCGGGAUGGUUUCAGUGUAAAUCCUAGAGAAGCAGGCCUUAUAGGCCGAGAUGGCCCAUAUGACAAACAGCCUUUUAUGGUGGCCUUUUUCAAAGUGAGCGAAGUUCAUGUCCGGACAACUAGAUCAGCGACGAGCAGGCGCAGGCAGCAGAGUCGAAACCGUUCCACCCAGGCUCAGGAUGUUUCCAGGGUGUCUAGUGUCACAGAUUACAACAGCAGCGACUUAAAAACAGCUUGCAGAAAGCAUGAACUUUACGUUAGCUUCCAAGACUUGGGAUGGCAGGACUGGAUAAUCGCUCCGAAGGGCUAUGCAGCCAACUACUGUGAGGGCGAGUGCUCUUUUCCACUCAACGCACAUAUGAACGCGACCAAUCAUGCCAUUGUACAAACUCUGGUUCAUCUUAUGAAUCCUGAUUACGUUCCCAAACCAUGCUGUGCACCUACCAAACUAAAUGCCAUAUCAGUUCUUUAUUUUGAUGAUAAUUCUAAUGUAAUCUUGAAGAAAUACAGGAAUAUGGUCGUAAGAGCUUGUGGAUGUCACUGACGAACAGUCUUCACAUGAACUCUGAUUCUACCGCAAACUUCCCUUCUACCUUUCAUACUUCCACGAACUACCUGACCUUGGAAAAAUAAUCUUGAUGAAACACCCCUGAAAACACCAUUUAUGUGCCUUGUGAGAGGAUGGACUUUGGGGCGAGAAAACUGCUGCAGUUCUUAAAAGCUGCCUCAGUACCACAGCGGCCAUUCAGCUCUGCAGAACCUGGACUUGCAAAGCGGUGGCCUGCCUGACCACACUGUACCUAGCUGGGAUGAUCUUAAUCUCACACAGCAGCUUGGCCUUACUAGUUGCUUAGACAUGUACUUCAGUUUUACCAGAUGGGCAUCCAAGACCCCAAACCAUUGAGUUGUUUUUUUUUCAGAGAUGGAAGGGGAAAGGGGAAACUAGAGUAGAGGAAGUGUUGUUUGUUAGUACUUCAGCCUUAGAGCAUGCAUCUUGUGCGAGACAAUCUGCAAUUCUGGCUAAGGUUAGCAAUUGCCUUUUGUCCAGAAGGAGCAGUUACUACACCUAAUACUGUUAGUCUCCUUCUGACAUCUAUGGUGAUGAUAGGCAUCUUAAAUUGUGCCAAAGCAAGUCCUGAAGUCCCCUUACUCUCCAAGCACAGUUUAAGUCUGAUGCUACAAUUGGCUGCACCCUGUGUUAGAAGCACUAGGAUGGUCAUCUUAGUUCAUUAUUUGACUGGGCAGUAACUUGUUCUUAUGCAACUUCCCUCCACUCCCCACCUGGCAGCUGCCUUAUCUACUACCACUUUGCCCAGGAAGGAAGGAAGAACCUUCUGUAGCUGUAAGUUAGACAUAGAUUUUUUUUUAAGGGGCCAUUCACUUUCUAGCUGGACAUUUAUUUACAGGAAGACAGAAUGUCAACGAAGUAUUCUAGUAUUUGGCCAACUUUCCCCCCCCCUUUGACCUAGGCAACUAACAAAGUGGUUUAAGGGAUACAUUCACAUUAUAGCCACAGUUUUGGACUUAAAAUUUGUCUAGCAGAAGCUAAUAGCAAAGUGAUUGUUUUGAUCAAUAUUACAUUUGUAUUAAAUGCACUUACCUCUAAUUCUUGCAUUUAAAAGGCUUCUUGUAAAUACAAGCUAUAAUUUAUUGCACUUGUCACUGUAUAUUCAUUGUGCUGUAUCAUUUAUAGAAAGACUGCUUUUUUUAAAAAGUUUUUAUUUAGAAAAAUCUCAGUGUAAACAAUUGUACCACUUUGAUUUUUAUACAAGAAACUCAUGAGAUUGUGCUUCACUAAAAAGUUGUUAAAAACAUGAUAAUAAAGGCUUCCUUUAAGGCAGAAGUAUAUACAUUGAUCUAGUACAUCUGCCAGUACCACA